GUGUUUAUUGCUUCCGGUUUCUCCAUGUGUUUCGUGUGCGUAUUUGGGGACACAUGUAAUCUAAAUAACAAUAGAUGUUUUUCUAUUCUCUAUAAGGUCCUUGACUAAUCUUUAUUAAACACUAUGGGGAAAUUGAACGUCGUUGUGCUGAGAUAUUUGUCUAGGGAUGAUUUUCGGGUGCUGACGGCUGUGGAAAUGGGAAUGAAGAAUCACGAGAUCGUACCGGUCAGCUUGAUCGCAUCUAUCGCGAGUCUGAGACACGGAGGAUGCAAUAAAGUUUUGAGAGAACUGGUCAAACACAAACUGCUGGCCUACGAACGCACAAAAACUGUGCAGGGAUAUCGCCUGAACUACGGCGGCUAUGAUUAUUUGGCUCUGAAGGCGAUGUCGUCUCGAAAUGUCAUUUUGUCCGUGGGAAACCAGAUGGGUGUCGGCAAAGAGUCGGAUAUCUACAUCGUAGCAAAUGAAGAAGGGGAGCAGUUUGCUCUGAAGCUCCACAGACUCGGAAGGACGUCAUUCCGAAACCUGAAGAACAAACGUGAUUACCACAAACACAGACACAAAAUGUCCUGGCUCUACCUGUCCCGGCUCUCCGCCAUGAAGGAAUAUGCGUACAUGAAGGCCCUGUAUGACCGAGGCUUUCCUGUUCCAAAGCCAGUGGACUAUAACAGACAUGCAGUCGUUAUGGAGCUUAUCAAUGGCUACCCUCUGUGUCAGGUGCGUGAAAUUCAAGACCCUGACUCAUUGUACAGUGAAGUAAUGGAGCUGAUAGUCAAACUGGCCAAUCAUGGACUUAUUCACGGAGAUUUUAACGAGUUCAACAUUCUGCUCGAUGACAACGAUCACGCGACGAUGAUCGACUUUCCGCAAAUGGUGUCCACUUCUCAUCCAAAUGCCCAAUGGUAUUUUGACAGAGAUGUCAAGUGCAUAAGAGAUUUCUUCAUUAAACGGUUCAACUAUGAGAGUGAACUUUACCCAACCUUUGAAGAUAUCAGAAAAUCCUGCUCUCUUGAUGUGGAGAUUUCAGCCAGUGGUUACACCAAAGAGUUGCAGCAGGACGACCAACUUCUCCACCCAGCAGGUCCAGAGGGUGAAGAAGACCUCAGUGAAGAUGAAGACGAUGCUCCUGAAGCACCUGAGCCUGUAUGUGAGGAGCCUAUUGACAUGGAGGAAUACAGACAUGCUAUUCUGGAACUUGAUGGCCUGAAACACACUGAGGAGCAGCAUGGAGUGACAAGCUCAGAGAAGGAGGGCUGUUCUGACAGAGUUGAUGAUUUAGUAGAUGACCGUUUCAGAACCCUGGAGAGCAACGAGGAGCUUGAGGAAAAUGAGGACGAAUGCCCGGAAUUGGUCGAUCUUUCAGCUUACAACAAAGAGUUUAAGCCUUUCAGAGAUCAAGACAGCUUACUACAUGUGAAUGAGCACAGACAAAGAACAACCAGUGAAACGUCUAUCGGAAGUGUCACCAGCCAGUCCACAAUUCCUCCAUCUGUGAUCAGGCAGAAAGUGAAGACACAGCUAACUAAGCAGCAGAAGGCUGCUCAGAGGAGACGUCUGCAAAAAGGAGAAGCCAACCUGGUGACUAAAGAGAGGAGAGAAAACCAGAGCAAUAUCAAGAGUAGCCUGGAAGCAGCCCAGUUCUGGGGAUAAAGACAUAAAGGACUGCUUUAGCACAACCUCAUCUUUGAUAUCUUUAAGCUGCAUGCCUCAUUUAAUAAAUCCUUUAUAUUUAA